CGUCAAGUUGGGCAUUUUAAUUCCAUCAUAUAAACGGUGAAAACAAAUGUUUUUAUUCUUUAAUAUUGUCGUUCCUUGUUGAAUCUAAUUAAGGUUUUAACUUACUUAUUUAACGAAUAACAACAUGAAUGAUCCUGAGUUGCAAAGAAUUCGGCAGCAGCGAAUGGCUGAGCUGCAAGCUCAACAUGGGGGUGGAGAUCCUAAUCAAGCAAAGGCUCAGCAAGAAAGACAGAAGGCAAUGGAAGAUGCUAGACACACAAUACUGUCACAAGCCCUUAGCCAAGAUGCUAGAACCAGAUUAAAUAUAAUAAAACAUAGUAAACCAGAAAAAGCAGCUAUGGUGGAAAAUAUGAUCUGUAGAAUGGCUCAGAUGGGCCAACUGAAUACUAAAAUAUCUGAGCAGGAACUCAUUCAAUUGCUUGAGUCUGUUAACCAGCAGAUGCCCAAGUCUACAAGUACUGUAAAGUUUGACAGAAGAAGAGCGGCUCUUGAUUCAGAUGAUGAUGAUUUGUAGUAUCCUCAUGAAAGCAAUACUAAUGCCUUAUUUAACCAAAACUCGAGAGUGUUUUUAACAAUAAGUAAUAUAUAUUUUUGCAAAGAUUGAGUGAAGUAUCAUAUUCUCUAAUCAAUUUACCAAUGGCAAUAGAAAAUUUUGUGACUAGAUUUAUGCCCUUAUAGAAUUUCAAUAACACUUCAACUUAUUCUCAAAAAGCAAAUAAAAAUUAAAAUUUGAGUGUUAUAUCUCUUGAAAUGAAUGUUAUUUAAUUAACUUUGUUUUUAAUAAAGUCAUCUCUGAGUUCUUUUUUAUUCUUACAGAUGGACUGUAUGAUUAAAAAAGAAUGAAGGUAUCAAGGUAUUUCUUUAUUUUCAUAUUAAGCCAGUUAUGUUAAAGUAAUCUUACUUUGAAUAGAGUAACUUGGGGUAUGUUUCUAAAGAAUCCAAAUGUAUGAUAGCCUCUAUAUCAUUACAAAUUUCGUAGGUAUGUGUAUUUUUUGCUUUAACUUUUGAUUAAAUUAUGCC